AUGCGCCCAGAGCCUUGGUCAGGCAGUGAAAUCAUCAUUGCAGUUUAUUUUACGUCCAGAUAUAUCAACCCCAUAACACUGUCCUGUCUACUAUCACGUCGGGGAUACAAACGUACGCCUUCGGCUAUUGAACGCAAGGUUAAGAAUAUCGUCGGCAGUGUUCCUUCACUUCGUCCUUCCCGAGGAAAUUGGGAUGUGGAUGCUGUGGACCAGUGGAUCGAUGAUUAUCUGCGAGACCAUGAAGCUGUUAAUCGCCUAAUAACUUUCACUUUAGAAGAUGCAAAAGUGGUGGCACAGUACCAGUCGGUUGACCAAACUUUGGGGGCGAUUGAACAUCUCAAGUUUCGCUGGCUGAAGCUCCAAAUCCCGCGCACCCCUCCGGUUCCCAGUUCGAAUCAGGAAUCGGACAGUCCUGUUAUCAAGACUGAGUGA